AUGAAGUGCCUACGUAUCGCUCUCCUUCAGAGCGCUCUUUGGCUCGCCUCGGUCGUUGUCGCAGUUCGAGUGGCUGCGUUGCCCUCUGACAUAUCGCAAGUGAACGCAGCCAAGAGUCUCCUCCAUGAGACCGGACUGGGAGAGCUUCAGUCCGCAUCAAAGAUCGCCAAGCGACUCUUCAACUUCGCCAUCCUCGAAGGCGAUCCUCGUCGUCCGUAUGGUCUUCAUCAACAGAUCCAGAGUCAAGCCUUCUAUCGGAUGAUGAUCGAGCAGUACCUUCGUCAGAAGCUGGGUACCGUAUUCGAAGCGAUGCAAGAGCCUACGACCAGAGCAAUCGCCGUGUCGUACCCUGUGGAGGACCUCUCGUUUGGAUCGACCCCUGAUGGCAGGCAGAACAUCUUCAUGUCCUUCACAGAACACGGAUACGAUGCGUACGAUCGGCUCCUGGACGAGUUCUGGCGGAAUCACGCAGACUUGUUCGCUCAGCAAUACCGAGCCAGGAUCUACGAUGGCCGAGAGACGGCUUGGCAAGGAGAUAACUUUAUUAGCUUGUAUCGUGAGCUGCCGGAGGACAAGAAGGCAGCUCUGGACCAUUUGAAGCGUCGCGACGCGGCAGAUGCAUUCUAUCGGCAUCAAUUGAAGGUUUCCGGAGCAACAGUGUCAAAGUAUAUCAGGCCAGCGUUGACGAAAGACAGACCGGAGGAUCUGAGGAGGCUGUCGAGCGGUGAAGCAUCCAGCUCUCGUCCCUCAUCAGCGGAUUGA